CUGUGCUGAGAAGAUAACUGGCCACAACAGAUCGAGCUUUUUUCGUUGUGAAGACUUGUUGAAAGCUUGAAAAUGGCAGCCCUUCGUUCCGUUUUCUCGCUGGCCAGACCAUGCCUGAUACGCAGCGUAGGAGUGAGGCGUAUGGCGGAAAAGGCUGAUGAGAAGAAAGACUCCAUUCUGUUGACUUUCGGUUCUCCGGGAGAGGCCUUCUACAAUGGAGUGGAGGUCUCUUCAGUUGACGCUGUAACAAUGGCUGGCCAUGUUGGCCUUACACCUAACCAUGUACCAACUUUGGGAUCCCUGGUGCCCAGUAUUCUGUCAGUAUUUGACAAAGAUGGACGAGAGUCGAAAUACUUUGUGAGCAGCGGCGGUCUGACCGUUAACUUUGACUCGUCAGUGCAGAUCCUUGCCGAGGAGGCAGUGCCACUUGAUCAGCUUGAUGCUCAGGCAAUCAAGACCGGAGCUGAAGCUGCACGUGCCCAGCUCAACAGCGCAAGGUCCGACCGCGAGCAGGCCGAAGCACAGAUAAACGUGUCCGCCUGGGACGCACUCGCUGUUGCUGUUGGCAAGCAAUAGGCUCCUCCACAACAAUGCCAAGGGGUGCUGCAUUUCAACUUUGUAUAUAUUUAAUUUUUGGGUAUUUUAUCAUAGUCUGCCAUGAGUGCAGGCACAUGCAUGACCCUCGUAUCUCUGUUCACUGUCAGCGGUUGUUUCAACUCGACAUCCAUAGUUCAAUUUUGUGAAGAAUUUAGAAUAUGUACCUGAUGUUGUUUUAGAAUUCCCUGGCAAGACGUCAGCGGCGAAACA